UAGAAACCUUUUUAUAUACUCGUUUAUUAUCCGGCCGGUAGGCGGCAGCGCUGCCAACUGCGCAGUCGACGUCGACGUCGCUGCCUAGCUCACCUUACAUAGCCGCAAAUUCAAAUUUGAACUUCAGUCAAGUGUCAAAGCUCAAAGGAUUAGCAUGUCCUUGCAGCUGCAGCAUGUGUGAACCAGUGAAGACCACUGCAAAAUACAAUCUUCAGAAUCAAAAUACUCACUAGCUUGCCAAAAAGUGAAAAAACACGGUCAGAAACCGAAAAGGAGCAACCUGAAAAGUGCUGACAACUGCCAGAUUUGGAGAAACUACCUAAAGUGCCAAUUAGCCAGAGAGGUUUUUCAAAAGGCGAGCAAAGGAAUAUGGCGCCGCAACAACAGAACUCCACAUUCAUCGAUGAUAAUCUGGACAGCUGUCCAUCGCUAUUGAAUCUACCCGAAAGUCCCAUUCUUCCGCCGCGACGAUGUCAAAAUCAAGACACCAACAACAAUAAUAAUAAUAAGCAGGCUGCAUUCGAGGAGCGCUUGGUGGAUGAAUCGCCAUCGGUGGGGGAGCCACCAUUAGCACCACCCAUACCUCUGGCCAUACCCAUGGCACCAGCACCACCACAUCGGCAAGCAUGCAAAAAUAAACACGGCAGGGAAAACGGAAACGCUGGCCAGGCCAGUCGUCGCCACCGUUCCAUUUCCCUCUACGGCGUUAAUAGCACUGUGGAGCAAGGCCACAAGGAAAUCCCCAUCUGGAUGGACGACGGAGAGGCUCGUUACGUAUCCGGAGUGACGAACAAGACGACGUGCGAUGACAUAAUCAAGGCGCUGAUUGAUGACGAACUGCGAAACGGCGAUGGAUUCUACUGCGGCAAUAAUCCGAAAGAUGGCGGCCAGAGGAAAACGGCAGCAGCAUCGCGUGACUACAGCGAUUACAUUAUAACGGAAAGUUGGGGCGGAAUAGAGCGGUGCUAUGAUGGCAACAUGGCCAUUUUGCCCGUUUGGCGCGCUUGGAGCCGUGUACACAAUGAGCUCCGCAUCUCCUUAAAACACCGUGAUAGCUUCAGAGAUCCCCUUGCCAUGCAAUUAGUGCCCCAUUCUCAACCAGCCACGGGAUUUUCGAUGUACAAGUGGCUCAAGAAGCUACUGCAUCUGAAAAAGGGAAAGAAGACGCCACCAAAACCGACAAAAACGCCUCCGAAAGUGCCUAACAAAUUGAAGGAGAAGAGAGUGCACGGCCAAAAGCAAACGAUGCCCAAUGACUUGGUGCUGGUUAUAAUGCCAGACCAGCUGUAUAGGGGUAACGAAAACACUGCCAAAUCAAAACUUUAUAAACUGGCCGAGAAUCGCGUCAGCAAGCAGCGUCAUCGAAGAAGAAGUCGUCAUGAGAUAACCAAAGCAUCGGUUGAAACAUUCAGGACAGCGAUUCCCAGCGAAUGUAAUAACAAUAACUACAAUGUUAAUAACUGCAUAAGGAGGCGAAAGGAUAAGCCUUUGCGAAAUAGUGUACGAUAUAAGUUGGCAUCUCUUCAUGCCGAUAUGAAUGUUCGCUAUGAAAAGGAACACGCUCUAACACGUCAGCUAACGGAAAUGUGCCGACUAUACCGGUUGCAGAACGAACGGUACAAGGGACCGGAAAUGGAGUUAUCGGUCGGGCAGUUGCAACAAAAUAUCGAAGCCUAUGCCGAGGACAUUAUUAAAACUGAACACGAACUUCUCGAAUUGAAAAAUGAAAUCAAGCACGAUAUAUCGCUGAUUAAUAACUUAAAGCGUUUGACCUUGGAGGAAUCGGAGGCAGAUGCAGCCUGUAAAAGAGGCGCAGCAAAAGUAACACAUCCCUCAAAAGAAAAUGAAAAUACCCCUCAAGUUGCUAAAAGUAUGCAGGAAAUGCAAUUUGUUGAUAAUAUUUACGAGUUUUGCGAUAAUAAUGCUAGUAUGCUGGUCUAAUUGCAAUUAUUUGUAACUUGUUAAGUUUUCUACCAAAAUAAAUAUAUAUUUUGUAUAAGCAAUUUAAA